AUGGCUUACGGAGUACCGGCGAUCAACGACACUACCAGCAACAUAUCGGAAUCAGAUUCCGAUGAUAUCUUUGAAAUAACUGAAGACGAGUUCAAUAAUCGGAAUCUGGUGAUUGGAUCGCCUGUACCGGCAGCUGGUGAGAUUGAGAAGGAUCCGAUCUAUAUAGACGACGAUUUAGGUAUUUACGAAGAAUUAGACGAUCUGGUGCAGGUUGAAAGUGAUGAUGAUCAUCAGAUCUGCAUCGGAAGGAACAACCAAAAGAUAUCGUGGGGGUUUUGUGUAGACCAGGGGAUGAGAAAGUAUAUGGAGGAUCGGAUUGUGACUUUUCCGUCGUUUAUGUCACUGCGAUGCGACAGUUUCGGUGGUUGCACAGCGCCUCACUGUAGAUUUGCGUCGGAGGUGACUCCGAUUCACUACUUUGCCGUCUUCGACGGCCAUGGAGGCUCUCAGACAAUGACCAUAAUUAUACAAGAGCUCCUUCCACAUCGCCUCCUUCCACCGGCUUCUUCCACAUCGGUCAGUGAUCAUUGUGCCGACUCACUGCAUGAAGAAGUGAAAAAAGCAUGGGAGUCUGAAGACUGUACAAAUGAAUGGAACAAAAGGUGGCAAUCUGCUCUUUCUAGGGCUUAUGACAGUGCCGAUAAGGCUUGUGAGGAGGAAACUGGGGUUGGAUCCACUGCAUUGGUAGUGCUCGUUUCUGCUUGCCAAAUUGUUGCUGCAAAUUGCGGUGAUAGUCGGGCCAUUCUUUGUCGAGGGUCUCAAAUCAUUCCUCUGUCGGAGGAUCAUAGGCCUGACAGAGAAGACGAGGAGCAGAGGAUUGCGAAGAGUGGGGGUCGUGUAUUAGCUGACUUGUGGGGUGUACUGAGAGUGGAUGGUGUUCUUGCGAUGUCGAGGGCCAUAGGAGAUAAGUCGUUGAAGCCUUCCGUAAGUUCUGUUCCCGAACUGACUUUCACAACCAGGUCUGAAGAGGACGAAUGCAUCAUAAUAGCUAGUGAUGGUCUGUGGGACGUCGUAUCUACAGAAUGCGUGGGGAAUCUGGCUUGUGAACUCCUGCAACAUGAGCGGCAAUCGGCACAUUUCGGUGAGAGCCCAACGCAGUAUGUCGCCGAAUGUCUGUUCAAAGAAGCAUGCUCAAGAUCAAGCAGUGAUAACUUCUCAGUAAUUGUCGUUGAUUUGAAGCCGGCAAGAAGGAACUAGCUGCAGCUCUAAAUAUGUCACAACUUUUCAUCCUUCAACUUGAUGUUAUUGUGCAAUAUAUAAUCUUAAAUUGAAGCUUUUCUAGUUGAUAUUUGAAUGACAAUAUAAAAAAAUUUCAAUUUAAAAUUUAGACACAUCUGUUCAUUUUGGUUAGUUUUCUAUCAUCAAUUUGGCGACUUCCAUGGCAGUCACUUCUUUCUUUU